AUGGGCGUUUCUAUGGCGAGUGGAAUCACCACGUCAAUUCUUCUGGAGACUGUCCUGCUCCGACGUGGAGCGGACAAGCUUCCCUGGGGACUGGCAUUUCGGACUGCGACGGGUAUGAGUCUUGUCUCCAUGCUGGCCAUGGAGACGAUGCAGAAUCUGGUGGAUUACCAUCUCACCGGGGGUGUGGUGCUGCUGGAUGAUCCGCGGUUCUGGGCGGCUGCACUGGUGUCGAUGGGUGCUGGAUUUUUGGCCCCGAUGCCGUAUAAUUAUUGGCGUUUGGUCAAGUAUGGGAAGAGUUGUCAUUGA